AUGUAUGCUCCUCGUGCAAAAUUCGAACGUGUUCAGAUUGCAUCACCAAUAAAAGUAGCUGUUAUUUUUUUAACAUGUAUUCAUUGUUUUUGUUUAUUUAUUGCUUUUUUAACAUCGUUUUGGAUUAAAACAAAUGAUGGUCAUUAUGGACCAUUAUUUAGUUGUGAAAAAAUUUCGAAUUCAAAUAAUAAUUUAAUAUUAUCUGUAAAAAUUGAAUGUUAUUUACAUGGUUUUGAUCAUGAUAUUAUUCUUUUCUCAAUACCCCUAACAGCUAUAUUAGUUAUCCUUUCAAUUUUUAUUGCAUCUUUUUCAAUUCUUACAGGAAGUUUAUCAUUAUUAAAAAAUUCAUUUUCAAUUCGUCAUCGAUAUUGGUUAUGUACAAUUAUUUUACUUUUAGUUGUUUGUGUAAUUGAUUGGUUUGUACUAAUUUUUAUUCCAUUAAAUUAUCAUCAACAAAUUUAUCAUCUUCAAUGGGCUUAUGGUGUUCAUUGUGUUGCAACUAUAUUUAUAUCUUUAUCAUUAAUUGCAGCUAUUUUAAUGCAUAAUACAGAUGAUACUCAAUAUAUUGAAGGGAUUGAUGAAUCAGUAAUAGAGAAAUAA